AUGGCUUCGCAAAAGCACGUCGAAGGCAGAAAUAGAAGCAAAAAUAGGUACUUCUCUCGCAAUAAAGGACUGAAAGCAAAUAUAAGUGGUGUCUUUGUGAGCUGCACUCGGGGGAAAGAAGGCAAGGCUGUUGGAGAAUGUUAUGAUCUUUUUACCCGGUACGCUAAUGAACUUUACCCAAUCGAGGAGGAGUCACUCGACGAAGUCGAUAUUGCAUUAUCAAUUGACUUGGAAAGACAACAACUGACAGCAAAAUCGAAUCGAUUUAUGUCUAUACCGAUUGACGCGGGUUGUCUCAUAUUCAUAAAGGUGGAAGACCCUGUUGCGCCUGUUGAGCUCGUGCACGCGAUUCUGAACGAUUUGGCUAUAACCAGACAAAAAUCAACUAGAUUCAUUCAACGCCUUAUUCCGAUCGAGAAAACGUGUCAUGCUAAAAUGGAAGAUAUUGAGUGCAUGGCUAGGAAAUUGCUUAAACCGCACUUUCAUCCUGAAGACGAGAAUGAGAAACGACAGAUAACGUUUGCUAUUCAGCCUAGGAUUAGGUUCAAUCAAAAAAUCGUCAAAAUGGACUUGAUCAAGAAAAUAGCCGAAGUUGUUGGGGAUGGUCAUGUGGUUAACUUGAAUGACCCUGAGCUUGUCAUUAUAGUUGAAAUAUUUAAGGCAUGUAUGAGUAUUUGUCAAAUUCGGCAUAGAUUUUAUCCACUUACAGUAGAUGACCUCCAUUUAGAACAUUUGCGAAGACUCACACGGAAAAAGCUGAAGAAAUAUAAUAAUGAGGAGGUGUGUGAUUUACGAGACUCUCAUGAACGCGACACGGCGAGGUUAGCCUAUGAAGAGGAAGCUAAAGGUGCAAGCAAAUAA